AUGUAUGAGUCAAAUAUGAGGUUAGCACCAGACAUCCAGAUGAGGCCGUGGAAGCAGUCCCCUUUCGCUGCAGGGUUUGUGACGCCAAGCAGCGCUGCCAGCUCUUGCCCAGCCCAAGGGACCAGCGACAUGGAGGUUCAGCGGAUAACUGGUAUGCUGUGUGCGGCGCGACAACACGGCCCCCCUCCCCCGCGGCUGGCGCAGCGCUUAACUGCGGCAACGUCCGCAACCAACCACAGGCGCUGCGGCGAGUUGCGGAUGGGCGCGGCCCUGAGCUGCCUCCGCGUCGUCGCUUCCCAACUUCUCUCGGACGUUUCGGGACUUCUGGCCCGGGAUACUGAUCUUCAGAAGCGGCAGGCAGUUGCUAUCGUUUGGCACAUCUUCAGGCAGUUGUCUGAGCGAGUAGAACACCAGGUGUGCGACGCAAGGGCUCGCGGGUCGCAGCGCCAUGUAGGUGGUACGGCCUGGCUCCUUUUUUCUAUGCGUGAAAGGCUUACGAGCUACGCGUAUCAAACGUUCCAAACAGAGAACGAGCUCACGAGCCACAAGGGUCUAUGGGAUGAGGAGAUGAGCAAGUAUCAGAGGCUACACCUGGAGGUGGCGUGGCGGCGCGGCGCGGCGCGGCGAGCGCGCGUCGAUGGUAAGCGAUGGCUCGCGCUUGCGGGAAACGCUCUCGACUUGGUCACGUGCGGCGAGCGCCUUCGCCGCUCGAGGGUGGCUGCUCGGCGGGAAGGCCUAGGCCUCCAGCGCACGUUGCGAAGGGUCGCUGACCGCGCGGGCUUCCUGAUCCAGAGGCCGGAGACCGGAGGGACAGCCCUUGGCGGUCGCCGCGGCAUAUCGACCUCGGCCCCUCCGCCCCGCCGCGCCUCGCUCCGCGUCCCGCGCUGCGCGGCUGCGCUCGCGGCAUCUCGCGCCGUUAGCCCGUACUGCGGGGUCGCCGCCGCCACCGCUGAUGACCGGACAGACUCAACGUUACAACCUCCCGACUGGACAGAUGGACUCGUGUCCCGGUACAUUGCGUCUGGCGCGGAGCUGAGAAAAGAUGCAGCAGCCAAGGCCCCAAGGCUGUUGGCAGAGGGCAAAGCGAAACCCGCUUGUCGCUGCCAACUAGCACACCGACGCGUGAUGUUCAAUCCUGGCCUCAAUCCUGGUAGUGGAUUGGGAAGGAACACUUUAGACUUCUGUUGCCCAAUUGAAAGUCUUGUAACGCAUCGUGAUAAUCUAGCUCUUCUUCCUCUCGACUACUAUUAUAUCCGCCCCAAAUCUCCUAUCACUCAACCCAGUUCGAAUAACUGCGGCACCACUAUUGAAUUCUGCCUAAUUUCCAAAGAUCUCUUCUACAUCGCCAAGUUCAAAAAAACUGCUGAGCACUCGUCGGAUAUUACAACUUCCUAA